AUGGCGACAGUGGGCACCAACGUCAGCAAGGAACCGCCAUUGAAGGUAGAGUCGCUUGCAUGCAUUGACUCAACGACUCUCUCACAAUCAGAGCUCUAUGCACUCUCUCUCUCCUCUUUCCACAUUCGCUCCACCCAUCAUCUCGUCACUCCCAAAAUCGACCCUACCCUCUUCAAUGAGAGCGCCGGUUCCCGCCGUCAGACCUAUUCUCGUCCCCAGUCCUCCCCCACCCUCCGCCGCCGCCGCCUCGCCGGACUUCUCCCCGCCCCCAAGCCCCCUCUCCUCCCCGCUCACGACCCUGAAAAUGCCGAAAACCGCGUCAUCAUCGAUUACCUUAAGCAACUCAUCAGGGAGGACCCUAAGUUCGACCAAGUGGAGCUUUGCGUUCCUCAGCAGAGACCGGAACCUGACGCCGUGAGAUUUGGCAACGGGGAGAGAAAGAGGAAGAGAGGGAGGAAGCCCAAGGUGAAGGUGCAUUUGGAGGAGUGCUACAGAGGAAUGGAGAUCGUUAACAGGAACGGCGUUGCCAUCGAUCUCUCCGCCUUGGCUAACGCCGAUAACCCCUUCGCGGAGGAGCUGAGGAGACGCACCGAAGGGUUGUGCAACGAAGAGGAGUUGUUAGGGUUUUUGAGGGAUUUGCCGGGACAAUGGGGAAGCCGGAGGAAGAAGAGGAGGAUUGUCGAUGCUGCUGAUUUUGGUGAUGUGUUGCCUCUUCGUUGGAAGCUUCUUCUCGGUUUGAAGAGAAAGGAUGGUCGCGCUUGGAUUUAUUGCCGCAGAUACAUUAGCCCCAGUGGACAGCAAUUCGUGUCUUGCAAAGAGGUUUCUUCGUAUUUGCAGUCUCUUUUUGGUCACAGUGAUGCACAGUUACAGAUUAGUCGUAGGAGUGAAAAUGUAUCUCAGGAACAGAGAGUGAAUGCUGAAAAUUCUGCAGGUGUUGCCUAUUAUGAGGAUCAAGAUCAAAGGCAGAUUGUUGCGACUAACUCUGACGUGCCUGGUUUGUCUGUUGCUAAUGAACGGGUGAAGGAAGUGGCCUUGUUGGGGAUUGAAAAUCUCGCAGAUGUGCAGAUUCAUGACCUAUUUGAAUGUCACAAGUGCAGCAUGAGCUUUGAUGAGAAGGAUUCAUACUUGCAGCACUUGUUGUCUUUUCACCAGAGAACAACAAGGCGGUAUCGGCUUGGUUCAUCUGUUGGAGAUGGGGUUAUAAUUAAAGAUGGGAAGUUUGAGUGCCAGUUCUGCCACAAGGUGUUUCUGGAAAGGCGCCGCUACAAUGGUCAUGUGGGGAUCCAUGUUAGGAAUUAUGUGAGGAGGGUUGAAGAUUCCCCGGGUCAAGGAAAUGUCCAGAGGGCAGACAAGUCUCCAGUUAGCGAGGAUGUGCCUUUAAGGAUAUCUAAGAUGGAUGCCCUCAUUGAAAUUGCUCAAAACUCUAUUAUGGAGGAUUCUGUCAUGGAACCCCACAGUUCAGCUAAACUGAAUAAGAUACCUGCUUCAGAAAUUGCUGUCGGUGAUUUGGAUCAUGACAGAGACUCUGAGUCUCCAAUCAGUGAACGGAAAAUGGAAGAUAGCUUGACUGGAAAAAAUGUGGUUCAUAAUUUGGAUGGAGAAGUGGAGGAAAUUGAUGAUGAUGAUGAUGAUCAAGUGAUAGAUGCAAAGAUGGUUACUUUUCUAGAUAACAUGGGCUUGUUAUCUGUAAAUAAGAAAAAUGUUAAUUCAACUGAGACUUCUAAAGGGAAAGAUGAUGCAAAAUCGGCAGUUGGGGGGUUUGAUCAGUCUGGAAUUGAUUUGGAUGGAUUUUCUCAAAACCCUUUACUUCCUUUAUCUAGAAAUCACGUGAUACUGGAAUCUGAAGACAAUAGUAAUAGGAGUGAGUUAAAAAUUGAUUUAGAUGGCUUGAAGGAUGUACCUGUUAGCACUAUUGUCCAAGAGAUGGUAAUACCAACUUCUGAAGAAAAUGUGGAUAAUGUGAAGGGGUUCCAGCAAUUGAGGUUGAAUGAAAUAGGUACGGUUGAGUAUGAUUUUGCAAAGGCUCAAGAUUCUCCUAUCCUGCCUGAUGUACCAACUGAAUUGACAAAUAGCACAAUGAUGGAAGGGACGUAUGCAUCCCCAGUUCGGUUUGAACCACAAGAAGUUAUGCUAAAUAUGGAUCAUGGCAGAAAUCAACUUACCACUGUGUGUGUGUGGUGUGGAAUAGAGUUUAACCAUGAUGCUGUUAAUUCUGAAAUACAACCAGAUUCUGUUGGAUUCAUGUGUCCAGCCUGUAAGGAAAAAAUCUCUGGUCAAAUCAAUGUGUUGGACAGUGGAUCACCGAAUCCUGGCCAUCUUUAGACUGCUAAGUGAUCUUUUGCAAGACCGUAGAGGGAGAUGACUUAGAAGAGAAAAGCCAGCAAUUGGGGUUUGAUGGCAUACUCAAUAUGGUUCCUGCAUGGAUUAAAUUGUAUUAUGUUAUCCUUGUAUGUUGUAGUAUCACACAUUGCGCCGUUUAUUCGUAUGAGAACCAAUAUAUAAUAUUUUCAAGUAGUUUUGUUUUCUGUAGUCAAUAACACUGCUGGAACAAUGCUUCCGAUUUGAAC